AUUAAAUUAUAAUCUAAUUUACAGUAUUUUAUUUGUUGUGUUUGUUUUGAUUAGUGUUUGAUUUAUAUGUCAUAAAAACAAUAGUCUUAGAAAUUCAUUGAGUGUUUCAUUAAUUGUCACAAAAAAUUAUUUACUGAUUGUCUGAUCCGAUGGCUAAAGAAUACGACCACUUGUUUAAGUUGUUGAUAAUCGGCGACAGCGGCGUCGGCAAAAGUAGCCUUUUGUUGCGGUUCGCGGACAACACCUUCUCUGGCAGUUAUAUCACUACAAUUGGUGUCGACUUCAAGAUCCGCACCAUUGAAGUGGACAACGAGAAAGUGAAGCUCCAGAUAUGGGACACCGCAGGACAGGAGCGGUUCCGCACUAUUACAUCGACUUACUACAGGGGAACUCAUGGCGUGAUUGUUGUCUAUGACGUGACAAAUGGUGACACCUUUGCUAACGUCAAGCGAUGGCUACACGAGAUCGACCAGAACUGCGAUGUCGUCAACAGGAUAUUAGUGGGCAAUAAGAACGACGACCCGAACCGUAAGGUUGUGGUCACAGAAGACGCUCAACGAUUUGCUGAUCAAAUGGGUAUUCAAUUGUUUGAGACGUCGGCGAAGGAGAACAUCAACGUUGAGGACAUGUUUAACGCCAUCACAAGAAUGGUGUUGAGGACGAAGAAGGAUACGAAGGAUCGCCAGAACACUGACAAUAACGCCAUUAAAGUGCACAAAGGAAGCGCUCACAAGAGUCGGCACAAGAAGUGUUGCUAAUUAAACGCCAUUUAUAUAAUAGUUAUAAUAAUUAUUUAGUUAAUAAUUAUAACACACAAUAAAUUACAAGUUUUUUUUCACACAAACACUAUUAGACACACAAAACACAC